AUGAGAAACUUCUCACAGGCUGAUGGAGAUACGAUCACCAUUCUUAGCAUAGACGGUGGAGGCGUCCGGGGCAUUAUCCCUGCAACUAUCCUUCAAUGUCUUGAGGAAAAGCUUCAAAAACUGGAUGGCCCAGACGUUAGAAUAGCAGAUUAUUUCGAUGUCAUUGCGGGGACAAGCACUGGAGGGCUGGUUACCGCAAUGUUAACUGCUCCAAACAAGGAAAACAAACCACCGUAUACGGCCAAGGAGAUUCAAAACUUCUAUUUGGACGAGAGUGAAAAAAUUUUCCCAUCUGCAAACCGUGGAAAGUUGCAUUCAGCAUACACUUUUCUAUUCGGCCCUAAAUAUGAUGGCCUUUAUCUGCAAGAUCUUGUGAAAAGAAUAGUAGGUGACAUUCAUCUGGACAAACUACUAACUAAUGUGGUGAUCCCUACCUACGAUACUGUGUUUCUGCAGCCUACAAUUUUCUCUACUUUUGAGGCCAAGCGAGACGCAUCAAAAAAUGCAAUGCUAUCAGAUGUAUGCAUGGGUACUACGGCUGCCCCAACAUAUUUUCGUCCUCAUUAUUUUAAAAUAAAAUAUUCGUCCAGCAAGUCUAGAGAAAAUCCGUCCGGCAAGCCCAUUGAGAUAACCAGAAAGUUCAAUCUCAUAGAUGGAGGAGUGACUGCUAACAACCCAGCAAGUUUAGAUAUGGUGGACAUUUACGCCUCCUUAAUCUUCCAAUCCUUUAAGACUGGAAAGAAUUUUGAGCCUGGAAGGAACUAUAUCAGAAUUCAGGAUGACAGCUUGGAGGGAGAUGCAGCUUCUACUGAUGAAUCUUCUAAGGAAAAUCUGCAUAAACUUAUUGAGAUAGCCAAUGGUGUCCUGAAAAGGAAUGUUGGAAGAGUCAAUUUAGAGACGGGAGCGUUUGAGCCAGCUCCUGGUAAGGCUAAUGUUAGCAACAGAGAAGACUUGGAGAGCUUUGCGAAGAGACUCUCGGACGAAAGAAAGUCGCGAAUGUCGCGAUCAUCUGGUGAUAGAGCUCCUAUUUUCUUCUCGUGUUAUGUUCAAUCAUGGUGUAGUGUAACAGUGGUUUUAUCGUUAUUUCGAUAUGAAGUUGGAAAUAUUGAUCUACAGGCACAGAUUUUGACAUAUCAGCAACAGAUCUCGCAGUUGACCGCUGAGAGAGAUACUGAGAUAGAGCGGCGGGGUCGAGCGGAGGAGGCGUUGGCGACUGUGCAGAGAGCAGCGAUGGGUGGUCAAUUAAGAGACACCCUUAGAGAGCUGACACGGAGAGUGCAGGAGGCUGAUUAUUAUAGACAGCAUUAUGAGGCUGCAGUACCUAGAGAUUCGGCGAGUGGAGAGCUUUGCACAGUCGAGAUCGAGCCGAUCUCGAACUGUCGGUACAUGAUCUGA